AUGUCUGACGAUCUCAACGUUAAACGCGUAGACACUGCCUACUCGGCCAACAUCACCAGAGAAGACCUCGAAUCUGGCAGAUUUGGCCCCUUGGCUCAUGUCAAUACGGCCGAAAGUCGUCUCCCAGCCUUUGGUGGUGAAUUCCAACCAGGUCUUUACAGAUCACCAAAGGACCGCAAUAUUGCCAACCCAGCACCCCUAGGACUCUGCGGUUUUGCUCUUACAACCUUCAUGCUAGGCUGUCUCCAAUGUGACGUUUUGGGAGUCUCAGUACCGAACAUUCUGAUUGCGCCUGCAUUCGCUUAUGGUGGUCUUGUUCAGCUUUUGGCUGGCAUGUGGGAAAUGGCAAUUGGGAACACAUUUGGUGCAACUGUUCUAUCUUCAUAUGGAGGAUUCUGGAUCUCAGUCGGCAUUAUUUUCACUCCAGGAGGAUUCGGCAUUGAAGCCUCUUUGAUAGAAGCAGGAAAGGGCAAACCUAUAAUGUUCUAUAACGCCUUUGCUCUAUACCUCAUGGCCUGGUUCAUAUUUACUGUCCUGGCGACUCUGUGUACGGUCAAAUCAACAGUAGCCUUCUUUUCUCUGUUUUUUGUCAUUGAUAUUACUAUCCUUCUCCUCGCCCUGGCUUACUUCUACCCCACUGCUGAAGGUGUCCCUCACCCUGGAUGUCAGAAGGCGGGAGGAAUACUUGCUAUCAUUGGGGCUUUCUUAGCAUGGUACAAUGCCAUUGCUGGUAUUGCCGAUGACACCAAUAGCUUCUUCAUCGUUCCUGUCCUUCACUUCCCAUGGUCAGAGAAGGCACGGAAGCAGAACAAGGCUGCUUAG